AUGGCCGGAGAUAUCCGUGUCUCCUUUGACCAGAUAAGGAAGGACGGGCAAACCGCGGGUCCAUACCAUACGAUGCAGGAGAGGUAUGCACCGAGCCAGGAAGAAAUCCUGGCAAGCGCAAGAAGUUUCAUCGAGAAAACCAGCGAAAUGGAUACACGAUGGGAAGAGGAGAUCGAAAAAGUAAUUGCGACCAACAAGUUGUCAACGACAUUUGUAGACGAGUACGUAAGCCGACGAUUUGCUUGCAAGCACAAAGUGGCCUUUAAAGACAUUGCCAUGUUUGCGGAUUACGAAGAUGACCUCAUCGACGAACUAUGGGCCGAAAUCGCCAAGGAUAUCGAGUAA